AUGGUUUUAGAAAGAUUAGAAUGGCAGACAAUGUUGAGUCUUGUCUUGAAUGGUGAUGUUGUCAGAUCAGAAAAAAGAAGAAUUAUAACACAAAAUGACUUUUCUUUGCAAACUACUUAUAAAGAAAACCUCUGGUUGGGUAUAAGAGCUUAUGUUUUUGGUAGAACCGAAGAACAACAAAGAAAAAUAAUACAUUAUGCAAGAACAUUAGCAGAUGCUGUUUUCACUGAUGUCAUGAACUUCAAAGUUCAGGACCAAGAACAUGCUUUAUAUGAAGUUUCAGAGUUGCUAAAAAGGUAUGAUAAUGUUAAAGAACAAUGGAGGGAUCAAAAGGAAAUGGCUAUUGAAAAGCCGGUAUGUGCUACUGAAGGUUUCCAAAAAAAGAUUGAAAGUUUAAUUUCUUGGAAAAAUAUAACCAAAGCAUUUAAUAGAGAAAUUGCAGUCUUGAGAGAAUGGACUCAAAGCCCCAAUUUAGAUCUUACUGAAAUAAGGAAUGACGGCUUCACUAAUACUUCUUUUGCUGACACAAUGUUGAAAGAGAAAGACAUUGCUUCAAUUUUUGAGAAAAGGUUGUUUAAACCUCAUGUUCCUUGGGUGAAUAAGGCAAAGUUAUCAUACUUAUCUUACAAGGACCAAUUUGAAGAGAUGGAGCUACCAGGUUUCAUUCCUCAGUUGUCGCAAAUUUGCAUGUUCCCAAUGAGGCUUAUACAGGAAACACUAAGAAUUCGUUUGUCUUAUGCCAGAAAGAUCACAAAUCCAACAAUGAUGAUGAUUGAUGAGAUGAUUGAUGAUUUUUCCUCAUAUAUUGAGCUAGCUGUUGAGUUGAAACGUGCAUUUCUAGAUUAUAGAAAAGGAUGGGAAAUUGAUCCAACAUUACCUGACAAUUAUGACGCCACUGUAUUGGAGUCAAUCCAAUACUUGUUCCUAUUAUUGCACAGAAAGUUAUUAGACGGUUCAAGAAAAGGUUUCAGAACUUAUAAGGAACCUGAUGAAUUGGAACAUUUCUGGAACCUUCUAAAGAAUGUUGGUUAUUUUGUUGAUAAUGCUAGUCCUGAAAUUGCAUUCCAAUUUUCUUCAUUGACCACAAGAUUAAUAACUAGAUUAAUUUCAUUUAUUUUGACUCAAGCUAAAGAUUUGGAAAACAUUUAUGAUAACAAUGAAAUCACAAAUUGGUGUGCUAAUGGAUUAGAUAAUUUCGGUACAGUAAGAAGAAAAUUGAGCAAGUUGUCAACAGUCAUAAGAAGAGCACUAAAUAAUUCUGCAUUCUUCACUUUGAAUAGAGUUAAACCAUUCUUAGAACUGCUGAAAAAUUCAGGUCAUUUCUUAAUUCAAACAGGAAGUUCAACUGGUGUUUAUUUCUUAGCUUCGAACAACCUUUAUGGAAGAGAAAAUGACAUUAUCAAAACUUUAAAAGGUCUAGAAAUUGGUACAGACCCUCAUUGCCCUGAUAAUGGAAUGAUUGAAAUUGAUCAAUAUGAAGAGGAAAGAGAUAUUGGCUAUAUCGUUGCUAUUAGUGCCUUUAGACCAAUGUUGUGGGAAGGUUCUAUAAUGGAAAUCAAUGUUCCAGAUAUUUACGUUGACAUCAAACCAGGUGAAGCUUUAUUAAUAACUCAAGGCUCUUCUGCAAGUUUAAGGCAUACAAAAGCUAUCUUUACUGAUAUUGUUGAUGACAAUGUUAGCUUUGUGGAAUUCAGAUCAAGUUUGCCAAAAGUUCAAAAAGAGUUACAAAAAAUCGAAAGAUUGUUUUACAGAAUGACCAUAACAAUAAUUGAUCAAUUCAGCACUGUUAAAUCCUUGAUCCAAAGAACAAACAAAACACAUGAUUCAAUCUACACGAUAUAUGUCUUUAUAAGAGAUUUUUGCAAAGGUUAUUUAAAAUCUUCAGAUGUGUCAAGAAAAUCAAUAAUUAUUAUGAAAAUGAUUGACUUGAGUAUUGAUUGGGUUAGUUUUAUUGUUGAUGAUUGUGUUCCUACUGAUAAAAAGACAUUUAGAUGGUGUGUUUCUGCCUUAGAGUUUGCUAUGGAGAUUUCAAAAGGUUUCAACAUCCUGGCCUUGAGUGAAGAGCAAUUUAAUAAAUUAAAGGAAAAAGUUGCUGGCUGUAUGUCAUUAUUGAUUUCACAUUUCGAUAUUAUGGGUGCUAGAUCAAGUGAAGCUGAAAAGAAAUCUUUAAGCAGUGUUUUCAAACCAAGUAACCUACAGAAUGAUCAAUUAAUUUUACAAGCAUUUAGUGAGCAGACCAUGAGACAGAUUGAAGAAUUAGAAGCUCGUACUAGUAAAGAAAUUGUUGGUAAAGUUUUGGAUGAUACUACUACUGAAAAUCAAUUUUUGACAUUUUUGGCAUCCUCAUUUUCAAGUCUCUCAAUCAGAUGGCAAAAGAGAAAAUUCAUUGGUGGUGGUACUUUUGGUAGUGUCUAUUCAGCUAUCAAUUUAGAUACUGGUGGUGUUUUGGCUGUCAAAGAAAUUAGAUUCCAAGACACACAAUCCAUCAAACAGGUUGUUCCAUCUAUAAAGGAAGAAAUGACUGUCUUAGAGAUGUUGAAUCAUCCAAAUAUUGUUCAAUACUAUGGUGUUGAGGUUCAUCGUGAUAAGGUCAACAUUUUCAUGGAAUUUUGUGAAGGUGGUUCUCUUGCUGGUUUAUUAGAACAUGGUCGUAUUGAAGAUGAAACUGUCAUUCAAGUAUAUGCUUUACAGAUGUUUGAAGGUCUGGCAUACUUGCACGAAAUGGGUAUUGUUCAUAGAGAUAUUAAACCUGAAAACAUCUUGUUAGAUCACAAUGGUAUCAUCAAGUUUGUUGAUUUCGGUGCUGCUAAAGUUAUUGCUAAGAAUUCAACCAAAAGAGCUGCAACAAGAUUGAACAGUAUGACAGGUACACCAAUGUAUAUGUCACCAGAAGUUAUAACUGGUAAUAGUACAAGCAGAUAUGGUGCUGUUGAUGUCUGGUCGCUAGGAUGCUGUGUCUUGGAAAUGGCUACAGGCCGUAGACCAUGGGCAAACUUGGAUAAUGAAUGGGCAAUCAUGUAUCAUAUUGCUGCUGGACAUUUACCUCAAUUUCCAGCAAAAGAUCAAUUAAGUGAUGCUGGUAUGAAAUUCCUGGUGAAGUGUUUACAGCAAGAUCCAAAUAAGAGACAAACAGCAGUUGAGCUAUUGAAUGACCCUUGGUUGGUUUCCAUCAGAAUUGAAGCUUUCGGUGAUACUACAAGUGCAAGCACAUCAUCAUCCGAACAAUCUUCUGAAUAUGGUGGUUAA